GUUGUUUUUGGUUGUUUUUGUUGUUUUUGUUGUUUUUUGUUGUUUUUGUUGUUUCCUUGUUCUUGUUUGCUUGGAUGUUGUUUUGGUGUAUGUAUUGCAAUGUCUGUGGCUCUGGCGGAGUCUGCACAGGCAGUAUGGACGUCUCUACUACGUCUCGUCCAAACGCACCAAUCUGUUGCGAGAAAAUGCGACCUGGGUUUAGAGGUCCCUGCUGUUUGCGGCAUUCACUUGGCCGGGACGAUUUCGGAUGAUCGGGUGAGUGGUCUUUGUUGGCAAAUACUGCCCAGCUUGCCAGCCUAGAUUGCCCAGCUUGUUUGGGUGCUCGAUAGGCUUUGCUUGAUGUGCCCGUUUGCUUGAUGUGCCAGUUUGCUUGAUGUGCCCGUUUGCUUGAUGUGCCAGUUUGCUUGAUGUGCCAGUUUGCUUGAUGUGCCCGUUUGCUUGAUGUGCCCGUUUGCUUGAUGUGCCAGUUUGCUUGAUGUGCCAGUUUGUUUUAUGUGCUAAAGUGGUUAGCUGUCUUAUUGGCAGAUGUGGACUGGCAGGAUACUGACUGGCAGGAUACUGACUGGCUUGAUGAGCUUGAACCCUGCAGUAGGAUUC